UAACCAAUCAGAGCUCGCGAGGACUGGGUACAAGCUUGACGGGAAAAGCAAGAACAGCAUUGUGAGACAGAGGCAGAGUUUUGGGAUAUAUUUGUUGAUUUCAAUAGUUUAUAUUAGAAGGAUGAGUUUGUUAGAUGAUUACAGUUCGUCCUCGGAACGAAAGCGACCUUCAGAUGGUUAUUCUAAUAUUGAUGAAAACUUUGGUAUGAAAAGGAUGAAACAAGACGACAACCCUCCAUCAAAAGUUCUUCACAUUAGAAAUCUUCCUGAUGCUGCAACUGAAGCUGAUAUUCUUCAACUUGGCAUUCCCUUUGGCAAGAUUGUAAACAUUUUAAAAAUUACAAAAAGUAAAGGAAAACCACAGGCAUUUCUUGAAAUGGAAGAUAUAAGUAAAGCUGAGGCGAUGGUAAAUUUUACCAAUUCACACCUGCAAAAAGGAUCAAAUGUUUAUGUUCAAUAUUCAUCACAUACUGAACUUAAAGUUGAGAAGCAGUCUCCUGCAGUUACAGCACUCCUAGCCGCAGCAGCCAUGGCAUCCAGCACAUAUUCAUCAUCUGGUGAUCUCAUGUCUAUGUUGAUGGGAGAAGAUUCCAAGAUUGGUGUAAUGGCUAGUCCCAAUAACAAUGGUGGUGGUCUUCUUCCAAAUCCCACAUUGUUCCCAAACAACUCUUCAUCUGAGAAUGUUAGUAAUGUUUUAAGAGUUGUUGUGGAAAAUAUGUUAUAUCCCGUAUCUAUUGAUGCCUUACAACUGAUAUUUUCCAAGUAUGGAACUGUGGUAAAAAUUGCUAUUUGUACUAAAACAAAUCAGUUUCAAGUGUUUGUUCAAUAUUCAGAUCAUGUUCCUGCUACUGCUGCUAAAUCUGCGCUUGAUGGACAGAACAUUUACAAUGGAUGUUGCUCUAUGAAAAUAGGUUACUCCAAAUUCAACAAUCUCAAUGUAAAAUUUAACAACGACAAAACAAGAGAUUUUACGCGACCCGACCUUCCCUCGGGUGAAGGUCAACCAUCAUUUGAUCCAAAUCUUGGCUUAUCCGCUCUAGGGGCUGUUUUGAGCAACCCGUUUCUUGCUGCCAGUGCAGCUGCUACUGUGCCAAAUCUUGGAUUGUUAGGAGCUGGUAAUAUGCUACAGGGCAUUGGAGGAAAUCAACAAUCUGAUGAUAGACGAGGUCGUCGACGAGAUAAUGAUGAUCGCGAUAGAAAAUCUGUUUUACUUGUCAGUGAAUUAAAUGCUGAGAGGAUCAAAUGUGACGACCUUUUCAUACUGUUUGGUGCUUACGGUGAUGUAAUGCGUGUAAAGAUUCUCUUCAAUAAACCUGACACAGCUCUUAUUCAAUUCUUUGAUGCUUAUCACGCACAAACAGCUCGGGAAAAUUUGAAUGAAGUUCGCUUUCAAGGGAAAAAAUUGAGAGUUAGUACAUCAAAACAUGAUAACAUCAACAUGCCCAAACGAGAUUCUGAGGGUGCACAUCUUACUCAAGAUUAUUCGCGAGCCGCUGGUCAUCGCUUCAAACAACAAGGCUCAAAAAAUUAUCAGAAUAUUUUCCCCCCCGGGAGAGUCCUUCAUUUGUCCAACAUCCCUGGAAGUGUCACUGAAGAGGAGCUAAAGUCUUUAUUUAAAUCUAAAACUGAGGGAGAAAUGACAAAAUUCGAGUUUUUUACGAAAGAAGUUGGACGAGGAAAAAGAAUGGCUUUAGUAGAGAUGGCGUCAGUUGAAGAAGCUGUGCAAGCUUUAGUAGAUCUUCAUGAUUAUCCAAUUGGUAACGAUAGUCAUCUCAGAGUAUCAUUCUCAAAGAAAACGUUGCGCUGAGUCUGAGUUAAUAUAAAGAAAUAUAAAUCAUCUUUUCAUCGUUUCAUCUUCAAUUUGUAAGAAUUGUAGAUUGUUAAGUGUCCAUCAUAUAUUAUUGUAAGUGUCCGUCGUACAUUAGUUUUUUUAGUCAAAAAAAUCCCUGUAAAUAGCAUAUUGGUCAUUUUUAAUAUCUUAUUAAACUUUUGUGUUCAACUCCAA